AUGAGGACAGUUUCACUUUUACUUGCAUCGCUGUUAAUUUCUGUGGCAAGUGCAAAAACAUGGUUUAUUCAUGACAAAUACGUUCUGAACUCGUGCAACAGUGCCAUGCUCAAGCAGACCAAAUAUUGCAUGAGCAUGGCAUCUUAUGGGUUUGGCAGUUGUGCCUGUGUGAACCAGGCUGCUAUGGCCACGGUAAUGCAAUGCCUUUAUGAUAGAAACGAAACAGAUAUGGACGUUCUUUUAAGUCGUUUUGAGUCCAAUUGUGCAUCUGCUGGCAUCACGGUUACGGACGAGCAGCUUUUGGCUUCCUACGCCAAUGCCACAGACUACUGGAUUGAUUUGAACGAUCCACCUGCGGGCUUUAAUCACUCUGAAAUGAACUACCACCCUGUCAAGAACGGAAACAUGACUUCCUACUACACCGGUUAUUACGUUGCAGCCAAAAUUCGAUUUACCAACAAGGAUAAUUCGCAGUUUUUGGGAAUGGGCUUUUUGGGGUUAUGGUGUGUAAUUCUUCUAUGUGCCAUAUCCAGCAACAUUUUGUCCAAGGUGUUUCCAAGAUCUCUCAAUUGGUUCAAUGGAAUCGCUUUCCGCAAAUUCCGUUCACUCGUGGGAAUGCCAGCAGUCUAUCACAAAUCCCACAUCCAAUCUGUGGGCAUAUUCGGAUAUCUUCCUACUAGACUGGAGGCCGUAAUCAUAGCAGUCAAUACCGUCUACCUCGUUCUGGCAACGUGUAUAGGCUACACUUAUGAUGAUCGUGAUCUCACCUUCACAGAAAGAGCUGCUCUGGGUCGUUACAUAGGCGAUCGUUCUUGCAUCAUUGCUUCCUACAUGACUCCUCUCGUGUUUUUGUUCGCCGGAAGAAAUAACUUUUUGCAAUGGCUCACAGGCUGGAACUUUAGUGUCUUUGCAACUUACCACAAAUGGCUAGCAAGACUCUACGUUAUCGAAGUGAUUGUUCAUUCUGGUGCAAUGGCAAUCAAUUCCAUGGCAUACGGAAAGUGGACCUCCAGACUGGCAGCUCCAUACUAUCGCUGGGGAAUUGCUGGAACUGUUGCUUCUGGGUUUAUUAUUAUCUUCUCAGUUUUCUGUGUACGCAGAGCUUCAUACGAGGCAUUUUUGAUAGCUCAUAUCGUAUUGGCUGCAAUCUUUCUCGCUGCCUCUUGGCUUCAUGUUGCUGGUUUGUCAUACCUUGAAUACUAUUAUGCAGCAGCUGCGGUUUGGAUAUUAGAUGCUGUUGUUCGUAUUGCAAGACUGGCUGUUUUUGGAGUUAGAAAAUCACGCGUGGAACUCGUGGAAAUGGAGACACUCAAGAUUUCUGUGGAGAGACCUAGCCAUUGGCUUCCAUAUCCAGGCGCUCAUGGAUUUGUCUAUUUCAUUACGCCUGCCUUAUUUUUCCAGUCUCAUCCUUUCACGUUUGUGGCUUCACAGGCCAAUGAUACCAAGCAUAUUCAUUUUUAUGUGAAGGUCAAAAACGGAGCCACUCGCAGUUUGGCCCGUCGCGUGCUUGCUUCUGGAUCAACAUCCUGCACCAUACCAAUUGCUGUGGAGGGCCCAUACGCUGAGAAAUCCGACUAUCAGCACUAUUCAAAGGCACUUCUUAUAGCUGGUGGAAACGGAAUUCCCGGUCCGUUUUCUCAUGCGGCCGAACUGGCAAAAUCGGAUUGCAAGACCGAGAUCAAACUGUACUGGUCUAUCCGCGAGUACCAUUCGCUAAAGUGGUUUUUUGAGGAAUUAUUGACUCUCAAGAACACCCGUGUUCAGGUCAUUGUUUAUGUGACAAAUCCAGACUCCAAACUAGAUGUUUUUGACUCGUCUUCAGAAUCUUCAAGUACGCAGGAAAAGCGUGAUUACAAAGACAUAGAGAUAUCUGUAACAGAUCCACUAGAGAAGUUCAAGAGCGAGCUUAGUUUUGUGGAAUUCCGCACAGGGAGAAUGAACCUGGAGCAAACAAUUUGCAACGAGGUUGAGGAGUCUACUGGCUCCAUCGCUGUUGGAGUUUGUGGCCAUCCAGCCAUGGCUGAUCAAGCUAGAGCAGUGACGGCAGCUUUGGUUGGCGAGUGCGAAAAGAGAGUGGACUACUUUGAAGAGAUGCAAAUAUGGUAG